AUGUGGGCUGAUCUUAAAAGGUCGAAGGCGGAACAUAGCUUCCAGCUACAAUAAUAAACAAGAGGUUGGCAGAGCUGAUGCCAGGGCAAAGAGCAAAGUGAGUGGAUCGUUUAUUCUGGGAGGGAAAUACAAGGUACCAAUGGGGAAGAAGGCAGAAGAGCCAGAUUGCCAGAAGCAGUUUGAAGAGGCCGUCCGUGUCAUCCAAGGCUUGCCCAAGAAUGGUGCGUACCGACCAUCUUAUGAAGAAAUGCUGCGUUUCUACAGUUUCUAUAAGCAAGCGACCGUGGGUCCGUGCCAGAUCUCCAGGCCUGGGUUUUGGGAUCCUAUCGGCAGAUAUAAAUGGGAUGCAUGGAACAGAUUAGGAAAGAUGAGCAAAGAGGAAGCGAUGGCGGCUUAUGUUGCAGAGAUGAAGAAGGCAGCCCAGAAGGUCAUCGACACCGUGCCGCUGGACGAGUCGUCGAAGGACAUGUUUGUCUACUUUGAAUCCCUCUAUGAAGUAAUUGAUGACAUGCCCAGGCCUCCUGAAUCCUUCUUCAGGAAGAAAACAGGGCCAGGAUACAUGGACAAUGCUAUCAAGAGCAAUCAAGUGACCACUGAUGCCGAGAAUGAGGUGUUCUGUGAUAGUCUGGAACAAGUGGAACCUGAUCAGGCAAAGAGGUUAUCAGCUGAGCCAAGCCUCCCCCUGAACAAUUCUCAGAGAGUUGAAGAGAAAAGUGAGCAUAAGCCUUCGGAGCAUGAACCAGUAUCAACCAGAGAUGGAGAACUUUGCCAAGUUUGUACCUCAGACUUGCAAAGUGUCCCAGGUGAGGAAGGUCUCAACCACAGCCCCGAAGCCAUUGCAGGGUGCCCAGCGGGGGCCUUGGGCCAGCGGGAGGUGGAUCGGCAAGUGAGAAACACCCUUCAGGCUUUGCAGAGGGACAUGAAGGAAGUAAUGGAGAGACUCAGUUCCCUGGAGUCCUGGGCAGCACUGCAGGGCCGCACACCAAUGGUGAAUCCUUGCUUGCCAACCACAACACAUGAUGGAAAGGACCCACCAAGAUGGCCUAUUCACCUGUCUCCUCCUACCUGGUGUUUCUUGCUGGCUUGGCCUUUUGUUGUCCAGUGGCUUCUUUGGUAUUUUCAGAGACAGAAGAGGUGAAUUUCUACCUAUCUGUGACUGGCAUUUAAAACAACAAGCGCUUGGAAACGGCUUAAAAAUGGUGAUGAUUUCAGACUCUGGACAUUGAAUGUCUUCCAAUGUUUUUACUACAAAGGAAUUUGAUCUUUUUUUAACCACAGCACCACAGUCCUUUCAUGGGGAGGGAAGAUAUAAAUAAAGGGGAUGAGGAAAGUGA